GUCUAGGGUAAGAAAUCUGGAAGAUGAAUUAGAUCAGAUUGUUUCGCAAUCGCAUCAGUCAAUUAAUGAUUCAAAAUUAGAUAGUGCAGAAGCAGAUACAGUUUCAUCAUCCAAUGAUUAUGCUUUAGCAUCUUUGGCUAAGCGAGGUGAAGCAGUAGAAGAGGUAUCCCAUUUUUCUUCACACUGCUCAGAGACUGAACCUGAUGAAAGCAAAGUAAAAGAUGAGAUAGGGUCCCAAGAAGACUAUCUUCAUGUUGAUCAAAAAUCAAAAGAAAAGUGUGAUAGUAUCUCAGCCUCGCCCAUUGUUGUAUUAGGAGCUG